ACACAGCGAGAGGCCACAAUGAAGUUCGAGAACAUUCUAGAAAAUAUCAAUGGAUUUGGCAGAUUUCAGAUAAUGAUUAUUUUUAUCAGCUUUAUUGGCCGUUUCACAAUGCCCUGCCAUUUCAUGCUGAAUAACUUCAUAGCGGCUGUUCCCUCUCACCACUGCGACAUCAGCUCCCUGGAUGAUGGAGGACUUUUUAGGAAUUUAUCCCAGGCAGAGAGGCUUCUUGUUAGUAUUCCGGUCCAGGACGAUGGGACUCCAAACUCCUGUCAGAUGUUUGCAGAGCCUCAAUAUCAUCUGCUGCUUAACUCCUCCAACAUGACUGAAGUACCCACAGUGCCAUGUCAGAAUGGAUGGGUGUACGAUAACACCACCUUCAAGACUACUUUGACCUCACAGUGGGACCUGGUGUGUGAUAGAAGAGGUAAAAACAAAGCAACUGCUACCAUCUUCUUUAUUGGAGUGAUGUUUGGAGCAGUGACUUUUGGAAGCCUGAGUGACAGGUUUGGCCGAAGGAUCAUGCUGCUGGUGUCAUAUGUGUCUGGAAUGCUUUUUGCUGUUGCAAGUGCUUUCUCUACAUCCUAUGUGAUGUUCGCAGUGCUGAGGUUCUGCACUGGGUUUUGCAUCACCGGCAUCAUCAUUGUCUCAACGGUCCUCAGUGUGGAGUGGGUGGACAUCAAGCACAGGAAACUGGUUGGAGUGAUCGACAGCUUAUCCUGGACGUUUGGGAACACAGCAUUUGCAGCUAUUGCUUACUUUGUGACUGAGUGGAGGUGGCUAAUUGUCAGUGUUACCUCACCUCUUAUCUUGGCCAUCAUCACCUGGAGGUGGAUGCCAGAGUCGGCAAGGUGGCUCAUCGCCAAUGGAAAGCUGGAGCAAGCUCAGAUGUAUCUGAAAAAAUGUGCCAAGAUGAACCAAACAGAGGACUCAGUUCACACACUGAAAACAGAGACACUAUCCACUAUUGUUGUGACUGAGAAAAGAGAUCGGCACUAUUCGUACCUCGAUCUGAUACGGACAUCCAAAAUGAGGAGACUGGCCCUACGUACUGGUAUAUUGUGGUUUUGUGUGGCAAUCACAUUUUAUGGCAUCAGCUUUAACAUCACAGGCUUUGGGCUCAACAUCUACCUCACUCAGUUUACUUAUGCUUUAAUUGAGCUCCCAGCCAAACUAUCAGUUUACUACUUACUGGAUAGGAUAGGCAGGCAAUGCACUGAGGUGGGAGCUUUGCUGAUGGCCAGCACCUGUCUUGGAAUCAACAUUGUAGUACCUAAAGAUAUGUCUGUUGUCAGAACAGUGGUGGCAAUCAUUGGAAAAGGGUUUUCUUCAGCAUCCUUUGCAACACUUGUGCUCUACAGUUCUGAGCUCUAUCCCACUGUAGUGAGGCAGAGUAGUAUGGGUUUCAACUCCUUCAUGGGUCGACUUGGUGUUGCUGUGGCUCCUUUGAUUCUUUUACUGGAUGACGUGUGGAAGGAUCUGCCCCAGCUCGUCCUGUGCUCUACAGCUGCACUGGGGGGAAUAGUGGCUAGAACAUUAUCAGAGACACGCAACCGGUGCCUGCCAGAGACCAUAGAGGAUAUCGAAAAACAGUGGUAGCGAUGACGGUCACUGGUGCUUAUUUAGUCAAGCAGUUAUAUUUAGUAAAUAAACAACAACAACAACAAAGAAAAAACAAUGACAGUAUGUAUAGUCUGUAUUGAAUUAAUUCAUUUUUCAGCAUAUGAUUGAAGUAAAAUUACCCUCAGCUUUAAUAAAUAUUGGUUGGUUGGAAGGAUAUUUGAGGAGGUGCAAGGUAAACUUUUCCUUGAAAUUGAACUCUGUGCUGUUUAAGCUUAAAUUAGUAGCAGUUCAGCAGUUAUUGUGAGCAGUUUACCCAAAUUGUGAUGUUCCCUGCUCAGAUCGUGUCAUUUGAAAAAAAAAAUUUGAGGACAGUCUAUUAGCUACUUGCACUCUCUGCCCUCACAGACCUUACGUGAUGGCAGUGGUAUGCCUUAAGUCCACGAGGGCUCAUAGGUGUGUGUUUAUCGCCUGUGACUAUGGUUCUUAAAGAAGUUUGGCUCCCUCUACCAACAGUUUUUUUCAUAGCAAUGAAUACAAUGCUGGAACAUCAAUGAUUGCAACAUGUUUAAAUAACAACACUGUAACCACCUUAGUCUGUGUUAUGCAAUAUCUAUGUACAGUAUGGCAUUUAAAAACAAAUGUGAUCACCACUGAUUGGUACUUUUUGUUUUGUAUUGCAAUAAAAAGGUAUUUCCUAAACAAAAUGUGAGAAAAUGAUGACUCAUUUCACCACAUAAUGAGGUUCCUGCUUUAACUAUUACCACAAAUGCAUAUUACUUCACACUCAG